AUGCAUAGUUUGUACAAGCCAUCCUUACAAUCACGAGUUUUAAAAGUGUAUCGAGGAUUGAGUAUGACAAUGGCAACGUUUAGAAAGACAAUCUGUGCUGAAGUCAAUAAUUUAAUUGGGUUCGAUAGUUUUCUUUCGACGAGUUUGAAUGAUAGAAUAGCGAUCGAGUUCGCUUUGGAAAAGCAACCUCCGAAAACGGAAUCCGUCGUUUUCUGUAUAGAAAUUGAUGUCGAUCAAAUGAAACGACCAUUCGCUGAUAUAUCACGUUGGAGUGAAUUUCGACGCGAACAAGAAGUUCUUUUCUCGAUCGGGACUGUCUUUCAAAUCGUCAAUGUAGCGAAGGAAAAGAGCAGCGAUGGGAUAUGGAUGGUCGAUUUGAAGUCAGUUAACGACAACGAUGAAAAAUUACAAGUACAAACUCAACAGAUUCAGAGCGCUCUAUUGGAAUUUUUCGAGGAUAUUCUCAAGGAGCAAUGUGAUGUGAAUAAUCAUCAACAACUUCCAGCUAGUUACGCCAAUGUCGCAUGUAUGUAUUACAAACAAGGUGAAUAUGACAAAAGUCUGGCAUUCUAUAAAAAAGCGUUGGAUGCAUUGAAUCGAUUGCAGCCGACGGAUUCGUUAAGCAAAGCAAAAUAUAUCACAAACGUUGCCAAAGUCCAGAUAGCAUUGAAUAAUCAAAGUGAAGCACUGAGUUUAUACGAACAAGCGUUACAAAUCCGUCGAACUUUAUGUAAAUCUGAUGAUCCAACGUUGAUUCAUACGUUACAUACCAUCGGUGAUAUUUAUUGUCAAAAAGAAGAUUGGAAUGAAGCUUGGAAAUAUUAUCAUCAAGCGUUAGAAUUGCAAUUACCAGCUCUGGAAGCUUCUCGAUUGUUAGAUCUAUCAAUGAUAGCUGCCACUUAUAUUUGCCUAGGAAUUGUUUGUUAUAAACAAAAGCGCUUUGCCGAAGCGUUAGAUUCAUUUCUAAAAGCGCUCAAGCAACAACGUGAACAUUUAACCGAAGAGCAUCCUGUUUUAGCGUUUCUUUACAAUAAUAUUGGUGCGAUGCAUUAUAAACUGAAACAGUACUCUGCUGCUUUAACAAACCAGUUGACAUGCUUGACGAUUGAAUCGAAGGCUUUACCGAAAGAUCAUAAAACAUUCAUAGAAACUUACGAAAAUAUUGCAACAACAUAUGAAAAACUUGGACAGUUCGAUCAAGCAAGUGAAUAUGCAGAGAAAUAUGUUGAACAAAUCAAACUUCAUCAUUCUGGAAAUGCUCAAAAGCUUAGUGAAGCUGCAGAUUUCCUUAAACGAAUUCAAACCAGUCGAGAUAACCUAAAAUGA